CGCAAACAACGCCGCGAACUGAACAGACUGACAAGCCACCUCGCCUUGGACACGGCCCCGACCGCGACUCUUGCAGACAUUGCGCGCCAGGAACCACGCGUCCACCCAGGGAUGGUUUGAGCCUUCAUAGGCCGCCCUCUCGCCGCCGGCCAACCCCCCUCGACCGAGCCUCCCUCCUCCCCGAUCACCGUCCGGUACCCUGCGCCGCGCGCGCGGUUGUUGCGCCCGAACCGACGUCGACAACAUGGACGCCCCACCGGUCAAGCUGUCAGAGCUGCUGCGGCACCCGGAAGAUCUGGACAAGAUCCCCGCGAUGAAGCUCGAGUUCUCGCGCAAGAAGGCGGCGGUGGACUCGUCGCUGCGCGGCGGGCUGCGGGACCAGCUCGAGACGACGCAGUCGGGCAUCAACGGGCUCACGGACGGGCAGAAGACGGUGCAGGCGAUCAAGGACGAGAUGAUGAAGAUUGACCAGCUGUGCUCCGAGUCGCAGCUCAUGAUCAAGGAGUUUGGCAACAUCAACCUCGUCUCGCAGGCGCACCGCAACUUUGGCGCCGUCGAGGCCAUGGUCGAGAACCUCGAGACCUUCAACACGCGCCUCACCGCCAUCGAGGCCAUGCUGCGCGGGGACGAGGACGACAAGGACACCAUGCCCAACCUGCUCCCCAUACACUACGAGCUCACCCAGCUGCGCAACAUCCGCGACGACGCCAUGGAGCAGAUCCUGCGCGCCGACGACCUGGGCCUGCAGUCGACCCUGGAGGACUACUUUGCCAGGCUCAACGACGCCAUCGACUGGUUCGACGAGCACGUCGGGCUGAUCGCGCUGAACCUCAUCAACCUCGUCGUCGCGGACAACCACGCACUGGUCGUGCGGCUGGCGGUCAUUGUCGAGGCCGAAGAGAAGAGCGACCAGAGGGUCGAGGCCCUGCAGGAAGCGCUCAAGGACCACAAGGAAAUGGCGACGCGGUUCCAGAGCAUCACCGACGGCGCGAAAAAGGUGCGAGGCUACAAGGACAAGUUCCUGCAGGCGAUCAAGAUCUCCGCCGAGGGCCAGUUCCAGGACGUGCGGGGAGAAUUCCUGGACGACCCGAGCAAGCUCGAGAAGUACCUGCGGUGGUACUUCAAUGACCUCAACGCGGUCAAGCAGGGCAUGGUGCCGCUGAUGCCCAAGAAGUGGAAGAUAUUAAAGGUCUACGGCGACAUAUACCACAACCUCAUGCACGACUUCCUGGUCGGCAUGAUUGACGACCCGGAGUCGAGCUCGGCCAACACGCUCGAGAUAAUAAACUGGCCGGAAAAGUACUACAAGAAGAUGAAGAAGCUGGGGUUCGCGGAGCAGGACCUGAAGCCGCACGUCAUCGACAACCGGGAGCAGGAGCUCGUCAAGGACUUCCGGAACCUCAUCAUCAAGUUCCUGGACGAGUGGAUCGAGCGCAUCUUUGCGCAGGAGAAGCGCGACUUUGCGGAGCGCGACACGGAAGGGUCGAACCUGGACCGGGACGAGUUUGGCUACUUCCGCACGCGCAACCUGGUCGACAUGUGGCGGAUGCUGCGCGAGCAGGUCGACGCCGCGGGCAACUCGCAGCGCACCGACGUGGCCGAGGGCGUCAUCGACGCCAUGUUUGUGCGCCUGCGCACGCGCCAGCAGACGUUCCAGAAGAUGCUCGAGGACGAGGCCGCGAGGUACGAGGCCGACGCCGCGGGCGAGCUCGACGGCAUGCAGUCCCUGCAGGACUGGCUCGUCGCCACGGCCAACGACCAGAUUGCGUGCAUCGACGACGUCGAGGAGGAGGGCCGCCUCGGCUACGUCUCUGGCUUCCGCGAAAAGUACGCCCCCUUGGUCACGCCGGCCUACCUCGAGCGUGCCGAGACGGACCUCGCCACGCUGCGCGACAGCUACGUCGACUGCAGCACGUGGUGCCUGCGCCAGUUUGCCCUGCUCGUCAUCGCCGUCGACUUCCGCGCCGUGAUGCCGCGCUUCUUCACGCCCGAGUGGUACACCACCACCGCCAUGAAGCAGAUGAUCAUGACCUUUGAGGAGUACGUCAACGACUACCAGGAGGUCCUGCAUCACUCGCUCGUCGACAUCUUUGUCGAGAUCUUUGCCGACGAGCUCCUCGUCCGCUACCUCAUGAGCGUCCGCAACAAGGGCGCAAAGUUCCGCCGCGCCGAGCCCUUUGCGCAAAAGAUCUACAACGACAUCUCCACCGCGUUCGAGUACUUCUCCACCCUCCCCAACCCGGACACCAUCAAGCAGACCUGGCGCGUCACCGAGUGGUUCCUCAAGCUCCUCGAGCAGCCCAAGGACGCCAUUCCGGACGUCUUUGCCCAGUUCAAGUCGCUCUACUGGGACCUGCAGAUCACGUGGGUCGAGAGCGUGCUGCGCUCACGCGACGACUUUGAGAGGAGCAUGCUGAAUGCCGUCAAGGCGCGGGCUGCGCAGAUGGAAGUCGUUCGCGGGCCCGAGACCAUCAUGACAAAGGUCAAGUGAGCAGCUUUUAGUACUUGAUCAUGGUCAGACUGCAACUUAGACCGAGGAUAAAACUGCAGUGGCGGCCUGGAGGACCGCAAUAUAGACGGCCAAAAGAUGGAUGUAGAUUGAUGAGUGACGAUAGUACUAUACCAAUACUGCUUGAGAGGAAUGAAAAAGAAACCCAGACACAUGGAGCUGCAUCAUGAGAGCACCGAACACUUGUGCCCCAUCCCCCACUGCAUGCCUUUUUUAUGCGGAUGCCAAGUUGACAUACCCUUGGGAUG